ACAGCCAUUCUAAAUUUCUGAUUCUCUCCCCCAUGGAAUCACAACACAAAAAGAUAAUCAAUAUACGAAGGAUGCCCCUAGAAAGAACUUGUUUUACCCCUUUUUGUUUUUUCUGCGCUAUGAAUGCGACAGUUCCAUCUCUUAGAAGAGCCAAAGUCGUCCAAUGUUUCAAACAAAUGCCUCUCACAGAUGACGAACAACAUGUUUUGGUCUUAAGUGGCCUCUUCAAUAUCGCCCUCAAUCAACCUGACGAUCCAGAGUUUCCAUCCCUUGGCAUAUUCAAAUGCAUGGCGAAGCUUAUCCUGAGAGGCAUAAAUGACAGAGAGUGGCUUCUUAGAGAUCAGAAUGUUUAUAUUCCAUACUAUGCAGCGCAUAUUAUCGGUUCAUAUACCAUGAACAAGGCUCAUUUCGCUGAAAAAGCGAUUAAAGCAGGUGUAGUUUUGCCAUUAAUGGAGCUCUUGAGAGGAAAGAUCAGUUGGGUGGAGCAACGAGUCGCAGUUCGUGCGCUGGUUCACCUUGCCAGCCAUGAAAAAACCUUUGAAGCUGUUGCUUUGCAUGAAGUAGAGAUCAUAGAAUUGGCUAAAGAAAUAGCUUGCAAUUGCUUUCAAGUGGUCUACGAAAAGUUUCUCAGACUGAAAGAGAAGAAAAGAGAGAGGUAUCACUGUGAUUUGCUGACAAAAGGGCUUGGAGGGUUGGAGUUAGAAAACAGAAAGGCUGAAGAAUGGGCUAGUCAACUUCAAUGUUGGUGUCUUCAUCUCUUGAAUUGUUUUGCAUUGAAAGAAAGGUCUCUCAAUCUCAUCUGCAGUAAAGAGUUCUUGAAAAUCGUGUGUAACAUGUGGGGCGGUUUAGCUAAUCAUACUUCACCUGCGGGCAUUGGGCUGAUAAGAACACUUUGUCACACCCAAAAAGGAAGAGAAAGUGUAGCCAGUUCGAAAAAAGUUAUAGAGAAUCUUUGCAAUGUGUCAAGAUCUUCAGAUGAUUGGCAGUACCUCGCCAUUGAUUCUCUUUUGCUGCUUCUCAAAGACCCAGUGACAAGAUACCAAGUUAUAGACACUGCAGCUUUGUUUCUUGUUGAUCUGGUUGAACUUAAAACCCUCAUAAAUGGACAAAGACUUGGGCAAGCAAUCACACAGACAAUCUUACAAGAUUACCAUAAAAUCAAAUAUGGUAACUUGAAGUUAAACAGCAAGAAAGCUGAAAGAGCAGUGGAGGAAGUUUGGGAUUUGAAGGUGGAAAGAAGAAAGAAGGAGAAGCUCAUGUCGGAAGAAGAGUUGAAAGAGAAACAACUUUUAGUGGGCAUGUUGAAACAAGAAGGCAACAAGGAGUUUUGGUCUGGGUGCAUUGAAAAGGCUGUGAAAAAGUACACAGAGGCUUUGGAUUCAUGCACAGUAGUAAAAAUGAGAAAAGAGAGGAUUGUUCUUUACAGCAAUAGAGCUCAGUGUCAUUUGUUGCUAAGAAAGGCAGAAGCCGCCAUUAGUGACACAACAAGAGCAAUAUGUUUAUCCAGAAGGGUGAGGUCUCAGAGGAAGAGUUUGUGGAGAAGAUCACAGGCCUACGAUAUGAAAGGAUUGAGCAAAGAGAGCUUGAUGGAUUGCUUGAAGUUCAUCAGUAGUCGCAUGCAAUCUAAACAUCGCAGUUCCAAGAGUCUCAAGAUCCCGUACUACGCGGCACUUAUGGUCAACAAGCAGAUGAAUGCCACGUGUCCUUUCAGCGGUGCCAAAUUUAUGAUGUAUAAUAGACAGAAAGAGAAAGUAGAACAAUCCAACGGACAAGAGCCAGACCAGGACGAGGUCAAAAAGAGUGCUAAAGGUAAGUCCAAAUUUUAGUUCGAGUUAAUAGAGUUUUGUCAAAUUCAAAGGCUCUGGUAAAGUACAUUGACGGAGGAUUCCUAUGAAGGUUUGCCCGCCAUUCUUACAAUAGAAGAAUUGUUGAAUGAGAAUGGAUGGAAAAGAAGAAAGCCCCAAAGGACAGGAAGACGAAGUUAAAAGGGUAUUAGAGUGGCUAAGGCACAAAAAUUACAAUAAAAUUCAG